AUGGUGAUUGCUGACAACCACAUUAGCCAAUCGAGAUGGUGUUGCUCUCUUGAUGACGGGAAUGACUUCUUUGGAGAUAGCAGUUUUGACCCUCAAGAGUGGUUACAAGGUCUUCGAUUAGUUGCUCGGCGAUUUCUCAACAAAUCAACAGUGCUAGCAAUGAGCCUACAGAACGAGAUACGAGGAACAAUGGAAAACGCGAAUGAUUGGAACAAUUAUGUAACUCAAGGAGUAACAACAAUCCACAACAUAAAUCCAACAGUUUUGGUGAUUGUUUCAGGCCUAGAUUAUGACAACGAUCUUCGAUGCUUAAAGGAGAAGCCGAAGCCCUUGACCGUAGAGACAUUAGACAACAAGUUGGUUUUCGAAGUGCACUUGUAUUCCUUUAGUGGAGAUUUUGAGAGCAAAUUUGUACAACAACCACUGAGCAAUAUAUGUGCAAAUAUCAUGAAUGGCUUCGUAGACCAUGCUGAGUUUGUGAUUGAAGGGCCAAACCCAUUUUCUUUAUUCGUUAGUGAAUACGGGUAUGAUCAAAGGGAGGUUAACGAUGCAGAAAAUUGA